AUGUAUUCAGACGAUGAGGACUCGAGCGGAGACGAGCCCCCAGUCAGAGAAUAUCCAGCCGGGAAUGCUGAAGAUGAUGUCAAUGAUGCGGACCUAACAGACGAGCAGCUCCGCUACCUCCUGGGCUUCAGGCCACGUGAAUUCAUCCUCUAUGGGAACUCGCUCUUGACUCAGUUCAAAGGCAAGGACGAUAGAAUGGAAUGCAGAGACUCGUAUGGCGAAGAAUUCUGGCGGAACUACGUGCCGAAAUGGGAGCACCUUCCAGACCUGGUUAUCGAGCAGAUUUUCAGCUACCUCUCCAUUCCGGACAAGCACGCGGCCUCGCAGGUCUGUCGGAACUGGUAUCGCACGUUCCACCUGCCCAACUGUUGGCGUCAAUUCCUACUCGAUGAUAGGACAUUAACUAAAAGGAAAUACACUCGCUACCUUGGAUACAUACGCGAGUUGGACCACUACCGCAUGCAGCUCUGCCUCCAAAAAGUCGCUCCUUUCUGGCAAGCCAUCCACGUGAAACCAAUGUCGAACCUCAUGAAUCUUUUCAACUUCGUGACUUUAGCGGCUCACUAUAGCAAAUCGCAGCGAGAGCGCCGGGACGUCGAAGUAUUCGCCAACCUUCAUAUAUUCGAGUUCUGUUUUUCCCCGGAUCAUCUCCAGCAAGGUACGGAACGACACGACAACCACGUUUACGGAACAGGCGGUCAACUCCUAAGGGGCGUGGUGGACCUACUGCGAGAACUGAACUCCUUGCGACAUUUGAUCUUGACGAAUCUGUUGUUGGAAAAGGCUUUGGAGGCGACGAGUCUACUGGAUGAGGUUGUCGCGAACUGUAUGCUGACGCUGCAGACACUAUCGAUCGUGAACUUGACGAGAGCUCCAGUCACAUUCUUGCAUCCAGGCGCUUUCUUGAAUCUUCGCGUUCUGAAAAUGUCGCCUCAGAACCUCCAUGGAGACACGCUAAUCGCCAUCGCGGAAAGCUGCCGAUACCUGAAUGAGAUCUAUCUCGUCCACAAUCAAUACACGGAGAUCGGCAUGAUGCUUCCUGCGAAAAACUGGAUAGAAUUCAACAAGCUCAAUCCUCGGAUCAGAGUCAAGUUAAUUUUCCAAGGACGGUCGAAACGCGAUCUGAUAUGGCAAGAGAGAUGUCCCGUGGACAGCGUGGUCUUCGAUUCGCAGCUCAAACCGCUCACAGCAGAAUCGGCGAUUAUUAUGACUUCGCUCUAUGCCCCUACGCUCGAAAAUCUCAUCUAUCUCGGCUUGCCUCGCUUCCACCAGCCCCACCGCUUCUCCGAUCGAUGUGAUUCUUCUCUAGUCCUCUUAGUCCGGCAGUGUGCCCAGCUCAAGCGCCUCGUGAUCCGGGAAGUGAUAUCCACCUGUACUUUACUCUUGAUAGCAUUUCACGGCCAGCAAACCGGAAUGAAACUCCUCGUUGUUCGCAAGAACGCCAUACGACAAAAAUUCGACUUUCCCAUGAGCCCCGAAUGGAGUUCAGAAUUCUCACACUGGCUCAAGAAAAGCUCAACGAACUUCGAAACAUGCUUCGCAGAAAUAAGGCAGCUGCUCGGAGACCCCCUCUGGAGACCCCUGACCGAUAAAGAAUUCACCAGGCUUCCCGACUAUGGGUCGCUUCUUCAUUGUGAUCAGCUGAACUAUAAUUUUUGA